CUUGCAAUGCAACCAAGAUGGCGGCCUCCUUGUGUUUGUGUUCUCAGAUAUGCGUCAGGCGAUGUGUACAGGCAUGCGGUCCUUCUUACAUGCCCCUGCACAAUAAUAUACAUCACAUCUACAGAGUAUGCGGAUCCCUCACCACCUCUUCACAGGUCCGGCACUCGUCCAGAGGGGAGGGCCGGAAGGGAUUCAUUGGGGGGUUCCUGGAGAACCUGAAGCAGGAGCUGAACAAGAACAAGGAGAUGACCGAGAACAUCAAGAAGUUCCGCAAGGAGGCCCAGAAGCUGGAAGACUCAGACGCACUUCAGCAGGCUCGCAAGAAAUACAAAACGAUAGAGUCUGAAACGGCGAAGACCUCAGAAGUACUCAGGAAAACGUUUGGGACCAUCUCAGAGUCAGUAAAAGAGGGGCUGGAGGAGGUCAGUCGUACAGACCUCGGGAAGAAGAUCAAGGAGGGUGUGGAGGAGGCCGCCAAGUCGGCCAAGAGCUCAGCCGACUCUGUAUCCAGGAGCGGGGAAAAGUUUGGGAAGACAGGAGCCUUCAGGGCCAUAUCACAGGGCAUGGAGAGCGUGAAGAAGGAGAUCGACGACCUGGGCCACACCGGGCCCUACCGCCCCCCCUCCAGACUGCGGAAGAGGAGCGAGUUCUCCUCCAAGGGGGCGGCGGACCAGGGGAAGGUCUUUGAGGUCAACGAGGAAGCCAUGGGCGUGGUUCUGCACAAGGACUCCAAGUGGUUCCAACAGUGGAAGGAUUUCAAGGAGAACAACGUGGUGGUCAACAGGUUCUUUGAGAUGAAGAUGAAGUACGACGAGAGCGACAACACCCUAAUCAGGGCGUCCCGCGCCGUCACAGAGAAGAUGACUGACAUCCUAGGCGGACUCUUCUCAAAGACGGAGAUGUCGGAGGUGCUCACGGAGAUCCUCAAGAUAGACCCCGCCUUCGACAAGGAUUCCUUCCUCAGGCAGUGUGAACGAGACAUCAUCCCCAACAUCCUGGAGGCGAUGAUUCGAGGGGAGCUGGAGGUACUGAGAGACUGGUGCUAUGAAGCGACGUACAGUCAGCUAGCCCACCCCAUCAAGCAGGCCAAAGCCAUGGGUCUGCAGUUCCACUCUAAGAUCUUGGACAUCGACAGUAUUGAUCUGCCCAUGGGCAAGAUGAUGGAGCAAGGCCCGGUGCUGAUCAUCACCUUCCAGGCUCAGAUGGUGCUGGUAGUCCGCAACCCCAGGGGAGACGUGGUGGAGGGCGACCCUGACAAGGUGCAGAGGAUCAUGUACGUGUGGGCUCUGUGUCGGGACCAGGAGGAGCUCAACCCGUACGCCGCCUGGAGACUGCUGGACAUCUCCGCCUCCAGCACGGAGCAGAUCCUCUGAGAUGGAGGACGCACACACGCCUUAACACACACACACACACACACACACAGACGCACUGCACAGCCACACAAGCCCAACUGCUUACCCAGGGACGGGGAUGAAGACUCAGGGGGUCCCCUGGGGCUGGCUGAUAAGAGCCCCACACUCACACUUCAAAGACGUAGAAGUUAGAAAGACGGUCGGGGGUGGUGGGCGCCUCGCUGCCGACGGAGGUGACGAGCGACCUGCUGCGAGGCAUUAUCCGCUCGCCAGGCUCCUACGCUGGCGGGCAGCCAGAGACCUCCUUUCUCCCUUAUGCUCCUGAAGGCUGCGAGGCAGACCUAGGGAGAGGAGGGUUACUUCCGCGUUCGCAUACCAGUUGUUCUGCGGACGGCCACAAGGGGGCACUAUAUCACCGACUGGUCUACUUGAACGUCCUCGGCUGUCCGCCCUGUCCGCUUGUCAGUUAAGUUUGGAACGUAAUUAUGGUCAUUUUUGUUCUUCUCGAUUGACUUCGGAUAUUUUUGUUGAAACAAAUGGGUUUGGAAUCCAUGACGUUUGGUUCAUUUCCACUGGGAUUUAUGUCAUACAUGUCUGCUAUGUUGUUGUCAAAUGGGAUGAUGACUGCCAUUCGGUGAUUAUCUGGGUCUGUUUGUGUGUGUGUGGAGGGCCUAUAGUAUGACGCUAAUACACCCGGCAGUGCUGCUGGCCUCAUUAUUUUGUACAGCAAAUUUGUUUGUAGGAUUUGAGGUGAUUGGAGUCUUCAGAUAAGUCUAUAUUUAUUAUAAAAAGUAAUAAAGAUGACACCUGAUUUUCUUAUUUGAAGAGACCUUUAAGAAAUGUAUAUGAUGGGAAUAAUUCCACACAUGCCUAACACAUCAGGAGAAAGAUUUGGCGUUUCAUUAAAGGGCAAUUUCUAUUUAAAGUUCAUUCUCGAUUGAUUCAGGUCUUCCCGUUUCCAAAUGAUUUCCUUUGGGAAUGAUUCUUACUCUGAGAUUAUUUUUACCGUUGGUUUCCCAGAGCAGAAGUGGAACACUUGAAAUUUCAGUAAUGAGUAACCACUUAUGAAAACACUUGCUUCAUGAACUCUGCUAUACUUAAUAAUAUUAUAAUAAUCCAUCCCAUGCAAAUGCAAUGUACUUUGACAGAUUUGUUGCUGCCCAAAUUGUAUUAAUUUAAUUGCAAAACUUUCAAAUAUUUAAUUAUACAGCAUUUUAGUUUUUUCUAGGAAAUCAAUGUAAAAUGCUAGAACCGAUACAUUAUCAAAAAAGCCUUGAAGAUAUAAUGAAUGCUAAGCAGUCCAGUACUACCACUUGAACUCACUUUUCUUCAUUGUUCAUGGUUAUUUUUAAUAGGUCGAUUUGACUUUCAAUUCAAACUAUUUUCUUGUGUCAAAAGUACAAAAGCCCUUUUUAUUUCCGACAUGAAGGCUAAAUAACCCCUCUCUCGCUUGGGGACUGUUAACUUGGCAUUCAUACCAUAAUUUACCUCAAAGCUGUGGAAAUGUGUAAACUGUGUGCAAUAUUAUCAGUCUAAAUGGCUGUGCUGAACAUUGCUGACCUGGAAGUUAUUUAAAUUAAUAAUUGAAAUGCAAAUCAAGUCAUUGAUGAUGCAGCCUAUCCGAGUAUCUCACCACUGUUUGUGUUUCUGUUGCAGAGUAGUCAGGGUUUCAUUCUAUUAAAUGUAAUGCUAUGAAACCAGA